UCCCUACUGAGUCAGUGACAAUAGAUGUGCCCCGUGGUGACAUUUUACAUGUUAAAGAGAAUACUACAUUCACAUUCACGUGCAUUUCGUCAUACAGUCGUCCUGCAUCAAAUGUCACCUGGUGGCUGGAACAUGGCGUAGCUGAGGAGAAAAUGAAUAUAUCUGAAGGUAUACAAGUAUCACACAAAAAGGAUAUCAAUGGACUGACUUCCACUAAGAGUGAGUUAGAUUUAACUACAAACAGAUCUCUAAAUGGUUGGAAGGUAUACUGUGCAUCGACAAAUAUAAAAGGUUACGUUGUUAGUUCAGACGCUAUUUUACUGAACGUAUCAUAUCCACCAAACACUCAUCCUGAAAUAAUGGGUUUCAAAAAUGGAAGCAUGUACAAUGUAAUAGAAAACAGCACAGGUCGCUUGUCGUGCUCUAUUUCUGGAGGAAAUCCAGCAGCAACACUUACAUGGAACUGCUAUAAUGAGGGCGUGUCUGUUAUCAACGGCAGUACUGUUGUCAGAACUCUUACAUGGGUUGCCGCACGUGGUCAAGACAGAGUCUGUAUUUGUCGUGCUGUUCAUGACACCUGGCAUGUGACGGAGAUAGUAAACGUGGAAAUACUAUAUAAAGCAAUUGUGCAAAAAUUUUUCAUCGAGGGACACGAUGGACAACGUAUCGUAACCGUUAAUGAAAACGAAACUCUCCGAUUUAUAUGUGGUAUUGAUAGCAACCCAGUGUCAACAGUUAAACUAUACUUUCAAGGGAAAGCUGUUAUAUACAAAGAGUACAAUUCCAAAACUCUUACAUUCACUCGGGAAAAUGUCAGUUGCCUUGAUGCUGGAGUGUAUACAUGCACCGCGAGCAAUGAAUACAAUCAUGGUCUACUUUCAAUGGAUAUCAUAUCUGUAUUAGUAAGAUGUCCCCCUAGAAUUCACCCAGAAGCUGAUGCUGUGUCUAUAAUAGCCGCUGCUCAAGGUUCCCCAGUUAUCUUCAGUAUUGCAACUUUAGCUUACCCGGAACCUGGACCAUCUGGAUUUUUUUGGAAGAAACAAAAUGGUUCAUACUGGACUACUCUUACUCAAACUGAAAGAAUAAAAAUAUCUUCGACAGAGCUCGUAUCAAACUUGACAAUUUCUAAUGUCAUAACAUCCGAUUAUGGAAGCUAUAAACUCGUAAUUAGAAAUGUUGUUGGAAAACUUGAUCGAAUGAUUAAAUUAGUAGAAGAUAAUCAUCCUGACAUAGAUAGGAACACUGUACCUGUCAUAGCAAUUGUGUUUGGAUGUCUUGUUCCCCUUUUGGCUAUAUCUGCUGUUUUGGUCAUCGUUGUCAUCAGAUUUCGACGAAAACAACAUAAUAACAGAAACGAAGACACCGAGAUGACGAUCACUUCACGAGCAUAUGAUGGAUUAAAUACUGAGAAACAAACGACGGAGAGUAAUGAAAAGGCAUACGAAGAAGUCCGGCAAGACAGAGGUAAUUCGCAGUGUCCAGUAUAUACAAAUUUGGCAUUGUGAUGCAACAUAUAUUGUCGCAACGUUACAUGAAUAACGACAUUCUUCUUGAAUGCGUGUUGCAACAACUACAGAAAACAAGUUUAAAUGACUGUGUUAUUAUUAUCUCAUAGGUCAAUAUGAUUCUGACAUUAGAUAAUGAAAAAUCGUCUAAAUACUAUCUUUGCUUUUUCUUUCAAGACUGUCUUUUUAUUUUUUAUAAAAGGAUGUACUAACUCCAAAAUAAAUGCUAUCUAAUUGUAAAAAAA